AUGAAGUGCACUCACGACAAGUUGGCAAAGUUCAGGGAGAUAGCUGUAGGCGACUGUGUUCUCGCACGUGACCACCUAUCGGGACAGAAUUGGCAAGCUGGUACUGUCGUACAGUAAACAUUGCCUGCUUCCUUUCAAGUCCAGUUGAACGAUGGACAGAAUUGGAGGAGACAUGUUGACGAUGUACUUCAAAACACCCCUAGUUCUGCUGUGACUCAUUCCAGCUCUGUCGAAGUUACAUCUGAUCAAUCUACUGAAGGCGUUACUUCUCCCAGUACCGGAAUCAGUACACCCCCACCCGAAGAAUCAGAGUCAGUGGAGUCGCCAAGCACACCCACUCCUCCCACCCCUGCUCCGCGUCGGUCCAAACGUGCCACUAAACCACCACAGAGACUGAUUGAAGAAAUGGACUAA